CUCUCGCUCAGUGUAGUGCGAGACUUCAACCAACGCGGUUCGACUUUCCAAAACGUGAGCGCUUCGUCGCAGGUAAACAAACUCGUGUUCCGUCGUCGUUGCCUCCGGGGAGGUGGGGGAUUUUGUACCGUGCAAGUCCAGCAAUAAUUUGCCACUGCGCGCGGCCGUCAGCAGUUGCAGUAUUAUUUACGAGAUUUUCGGUGGUUCCCUGGUGGACAUUGGAGAAGGGGGCAGAUGCUGGACGGGUUCCAACGAGGAGGAAUUCCCUAGAGAUUGAUUUCCCCGGACCUGUGCCAGUAUGGAAUUGGCAGCUUCCGACGUAGCAGCUUCAUCAGCAGUGCGUUGUUUCAAGAUUGAUUAAUUUUAGCAUUUUUAUUCUGGGAUAAAAAGUGGUGUAAAAUUAUUGUACAGAGAAGUUUCGUGUGAAAAAAAGUUAAUCCUGUUUGAAAUCAGUUAUUGGAAAACAGCUCGAAAAUAGUGGUGAGAGAGUAGAGUGAAUGAAACAAAAUUGCUUCAAAAGUGGUCCAUUUUCAUCCAGCUUCCCAGAGUGGCAAAAGAAAGCAAGUGCAGCAAAAUCUGCAAUCCGUUCAUCUUCGGGAGAGCUGAAACUAACCCCGAAGGCAUUUGGUGCAAGAAGAAAAACAAAACUGGUGCAUGAAAAUUUCGAAACAUCUAACAAAAGCAGCGCAGAGCAGCAACGAAAACCCCCCACGGGAAUUCCUCCUCUAAAAAAAAUUGAUGAGCUGGUGAGACGCGGCCACGUCGAGCGCCAUGGAUAGUAGGACCACCAAAAGCACCACCUCGUACGAACUAGAUGAUGGAACAGCAGCAAAAACCGCAAAAGACAAGUUUCUCCGAGCCUCGUCGCCAACCUUCCUACUGCCACCGCCUUCACCGCCAACACUCUCGAGUGCCGCCGCCGGCCGGAUCAGUCCACCAACGUUGUCGAUCGACGACGAUUACGGCUACGACUACCACCAGGAGGUCGUGUCACCCCCGACGAAAGCGAAAGCAGCCCUCUUCUGUGACCUGGAUCUGCCGCAGCAUUACGCGAAAACCGGCUCGUCUUCGGUCGCGUACCAUCACCAUCUGGUGUUAGAGCAUAACCGGUACCACCAGCAGCAUCACCAUCCGCAUCUGCAGCUGCAAAAGCCGAAGCCGGACAAGACCGGCGACGUAGACAUGCGCGACAGCUACUGCUUCCUGCGGUUGCAACGGUUCGUGGCGCGCAAUCCCGUCCUCAACUACCUGCUGCCGGUGGUCGUCGUAGCGGUGCUGAUCUUCGUGAUCUACGCCUUCCGGGACUACGCCAAGUCGAUUCUGUACUGGAUCGAGACGCAGAACUCGUGGAUCAUUUUCGGCAUCUUUCUGUGUCUGUUCACGAUCGUGAGUUUCCCCGUGACGGUGGGCUACCUGGUGUUGAUCAUCAGCAGUGGCUAUCUGUUCGGGUUCAUCAAGGGUCUGCUGACGGUGGUGAUUGGGGCGAAUCUGGGGGUGGCGAUCGCCCACAACACGAUCAAGAGCAUGCAGUCGCGGUUGCCGAUUCACAAGUUAAUUAAAAAUGAGACUGGCCGUGCCAUCCUGCGGGUGAUUUCGGGUCCCCGGGCUUUUAAAAUAGUACUGUUCGCGAGACUGACGCCGAUCCCGUUCGGGCUGCAGAACACCAUCUUCGGGAUCAGCGCAGUGAACUCGCGAAGUUACCACACCGGCACGGUUAUCGGGCUGCUGCCGGCCCAGACAAUCAACGUGUACCUGGGCUCGAAGCUACGCUCGAUCCACGAGGUUCUGAACGACCACCACCUUGGCCUGGCCGGCUACGGCGUGUUUGUGGUGGAGGUGAUUGUUGGCGCUGCCCUAAUGGUUUGGGUUAUCCAGAAGGCCCGCACGGAACUGUCCGCCGCUCUGCUGUCCGACAUGGACUCCGACGAGAAGAUACUGAUCGAAAUCGAGGCGUAGUCCGGGGGUCCUCCCAAAGAUGGCACAUCUCCGUUCGCUGUGAACACACAUUCGUUAUGAAAAGCGCGAGCUAUUAAAUUUUAGUAGCUGUUUUACGCGAGAAUACACAAAGAGCGAAGCAAGUCGAAUAUUUUAAGCAAGUAUUAAACGUUUAGGGCUGUCCUUAAGAAAUGUGUUGAUAUCUUAUUUUAAGCUGGAUCUGGUCAACGAUGGUGUUUUGUUCCUAUGAAACAAACGAAAAGCGAAACGUUCAAACGCAAGAAUCGCAAAUUCUCAGCCAAUCUACACUACUACGAUAUGCUCCAAUUUCUACAUGUUAAGUUCACUCUAAACCGUCCAAGUUGUUUUUUCUCGAGAACAUUUUUCUGCCUAAUUAAGUACCAAUCUGAAACCCAUCAAAAAGCUACGACAUCACACGCGUCGCAUCGCGCCAAUCGUUAACGAUUGUGGUGAAAUCGAGUGAUUCGAUUGGCAGCAAUCAGCGCUUGACAUUCGAAGGAAUCCAAAAACGAAAGUCGCAUUAGUCAGCUGCAAGUGAAGCGCCCACAGAAUAAAAAGUAAUCAAAUAGUCAAGCUAAGCCGUUUCAGUAGAAAAUUGCGCCACUACUCAAAGGGUGGCGCCUCCACUACUCUCGAAAGGAACCAAUAACGACCAGAAAUCGAUCGAUGAAAGUAUGUGAAAUGAAUGAAGAGUACAAAGCAAGAGAGGUUUGAAUGUAAUUUUUUCCGUUGUUUUUUGAUAUAUAUGUGAAUUUUUCGAAACUAUUUUCGAAUCGAUCGGCUCUUUUAACCAGAAACACUAUUUUGUGCGAGGGACAACACCGUUUUUUAUUACGAAAUGUAGAGUAUUUUUCCCCAGAAAACAAAACCAACCCGCACCUCGCACAGCUCUUUCCAAGCAAAUUGUGUGUGCGUGUAAGUGUAAGCUCUAUUUAAAUUAAGCAAUGUGAUACCGAUUGUUCAGAGUCUUAUGUUGUGAAAUCCCCUUUUAGGCAUUUAAAAAACAAACGAUUCUAACACGUCUAGAGUGUCCAGCGAAGGCGCGUUUUAAAUGUUUCCUUCUUUUCCACGUUAUUUAUGUCUUUUGCGUCUCCCCUCCUUUCCCCUCCUGUAAAAAGCAUUAUAAUAUUAUCUAACUAUUAAUUGUAUCUAUAGGUGUAACACAUGAUGUAAGAAGAGGGCCGUUAAAAAUCGUUAAGGGUAUUGAAAAGACUACUGGGAACAUUGUUGACAAAUGCAAUGAGUUCAAAAUA